AUGAACAUGGAUCCCACUGACAGGAAACUCAGCCUGCAUGCCUUCUUGAAGAUUUUUACUGCCAACGACAUAGCGGCGUCAAAGGCUAUGGCGCUUGCAAACAAGGCAUUCAAGAAAUUCAACACGCCGACGAGAUUGUCCCAGCUUGACGACACAAGGUUGAUUGUGUUGGGAGUGGAGGAUAGAGAGCUGCGUAAGUCCAUCUUGGCAGCCAUACGCGAGGCCGGAUAUACGAAAUCAGGAACGAGGACUCAAUCACCCGCUGUACAAGACACGGCUACAAGCCCCAGGAAGAAGCGCAGGUAUGACAGUGAUCUGAACGAACCGCUGCAGGAAUCCUCGUUUGAUGAGGCCUCCACGUACGGGAACCUGGAGUUUGGGGAAAUAUUGGAUGAGGGGAUUUUGAGGAGCAAGACUGUGGUAGUCAAUCGCGCCCCGGUCAUGACAGCAUGGGCUAUGACUGUGGCCGAAAGGCUCGGUUUCGACAGAGAGGAAUCUCUAAGCAUCGCGUCCGUGUACACAGAAGCGAAUGCGGUCUCCAAGGGUGCCUCAUUAGGGGUCAUUGAGGAAACAAGGAAGAAAGCCACUGAAACACUUCCAGAAGGCGAGCAGCCAUACGUUGAUCUGAUGGGCCGGCGUCCACUAUACCAAACUCGCGCGUCCAAAUGGUUGGCUCUUUCGGGAGGCUCACCUGCCUUGCCCAGCAUAGCGUUUUCAUAUAUUUCUCGUUCGUUCCGGCAGGCGACCCCAUAUGUAAUGGGAUCUUUGCGUCUCCUGGCAGAAAGCUACUCUCCGCAGAAGCUCAACGAAUUAGGAUACUCACUUUACGCUGAUUUCAGACCUGCCGUAGAUGGUUGGGGGAAGCGGGGUGAACUUCGAUGCAUUUGGUUAUUGUCUUUGAGGGAAAGCGGUGCUCCCGAGUUAGAUUCCGAGACAUCGGGCGUUGCAUCAGGGUCCUCGAACAAGCUUCAAGUGAGCACGACGCAGCCACAGCAGGCCCGCGCGUGUCCAGCAAAAAAAGAUAACUUGCUUUCGCUGGAGGAAUACGAGGCUACUGUAGAUGCAGGUUUUGAUGGUAUAGAUCUUAGUCACCUUCCAUGA